UUUCAUUUUCAUUUUCCUCAUUAUUGAUGCCGCGGCAGCCUGCGACAUCCAGUUCAUCGCAUUUAAUUCCUCGUUCGUCAAAUGGCUCAGCUGUACGCUCUAAACGCAAGGCAGCUCGACGGCGUGCGAAGGAACAGAAAGAGGAUGAAUCCGAGACAUCGGACUCUGACGACUCGUAUCAAGAAGAUGUUGACUCUGGUGACGACUACACAGAGGAUAGCGCAAAUCCACCCAAAUUACGCAAAGUUUCAAGUAAUCUUGCUGUCGUCUCAUCGAAAUCCACCCAGCAUCCUACAUUGCCUAAAGCCGGUCCUUGGCAUCCCGAUUAUGUGCUGAGCAAGGGCGGCAUUGCUGAAAUGAAGAAUAGAAAAUGCCUGAACAUAUCUCCUAGAUAUGGAAAGGACAACUUCUGGCCACGGUCAGCAGGCCUCAGAGAGCUAAUCCAAAAUAUGUUUGAUGGCACAUUGGCCGCUCUCAGGGCCAAGCCUAGCUGUCAGGCAUGUACUGCAAAGAAUAUCGAAGUUCGCCAUAUCUUUCCGCCGGCCGGUAUCUGGCGCUUCCCUAUACAACUUUGUCGAGUGCCGAUUGGUCAAAAGUUGACUUUUGAACUCCACUAUAAGCCGUCAUCGUCAAAACGCGGGAGGGAGACUGGUUCACCGCCUCUAGGAUGGGUUAGUUUCAAAGCGUCGAGUCAUGGGAAAUGCCAGUUGGAGUUGUACAAUGAGGGUGAACCCCUGGGUUUCGGUUGCAUGGCGUUUGGGUUUUCCUCAAAAGCCGGAAAGUCCGAUUUCAUUGGGCAACACGGAGAUGGCAUGAAGAUGGGUGUCAAUGCCAUCAUCCGUCCAGAAGGUUUGACCCAUCCACCGGAAGUAUUCUAUGUCACGGCGCAUCAAACUGAGUCGAAGAAGCCGAAUGUUCAUGGCGUUCUCACUCAGGUCAUCGGAUUCCCACAGAAGAGUGUCCAAUUUGACGACUUCCUGUUUCUUCGACCUGCAGUUGACACAUUAGAAGGAUUUGAGACCAAGUUUCGUGGACGUCGUGAGCGGGUGGGCUCCAUCCUUCUUGAUGAACGAUUACGACAUCACAUAUUCGCAAAAGGCGUGUUUGUACAAAAACGAGCAGGUCGCAAGUUCGGUCUAUAUUACGGAAUCGAUAUCUGGCAAGAUGUCGAAAUUAGUAGGGAUCGCGUUGGAUUGCAAGAUGAUGGACAGUGCUCCGAUGCUGCAUUCAGCAUAUGGAGGUCGCUUUUUCAAGGCUCGGAGCGCGCUCGACAGCUCUACAUCGACCUGUUGAUUAAUCACGAUUCUUGCCUCGAGACCCGCUAUAUCGUGCAGCAGUUUGAAGAGGUUGACGCGCAGCUUCUUUUCGGCCAGCUUCAAAAAGAUAAGGGUGAUGAUCUCUUUUUCUACCACGCUGAGGAUGCUGGAGAAUCUGUUCGUAUCAUCGAGCAGGUCCUCAAGAAGAAACUUGAUUCCAAGGGAGUUUUGUGA